AUAUACUCAGAAUGUUUCAUAAAAUUUAAAAUAUUUUUUUUAAAUGAACACAUUGAAUAAAAAUUUUAUUGAUAAGUGUGUCUGUGAUUGUCAUUCUGUGACAUGUGAUAAAAACACUGAAAAUAAUCAUAGCACUUUGGAAUUUCCCACGUGUUCUAGCGAACUGAACGAUUCUAUCAUUAAAAACUUUCAACUAUGUGAUACGCGACGUGACAAUUUCAAUUUGAUUUCAAGUAUUGAUUGGGAUCAAUCAGGUGACUGUCUUCUUUCAUGUUCUCGUAAUAAUACAAUAACACUUCAUAAUAUAUCUUGCAAAAGGUCACUUUUUUUUUUGUUUCUUUUUUUCAAUUUGUUUAUAUUUCAAAACGAUCUUAGUGUUCGGCAAUUCUAUUCAAAGAAAUAUGGAGCACAUGGCGCAAGAUUUUUACAUGGAGGAGAAAGCUGCUGUAUAGUUGCAGCCAAAACACCCGAUAACACAAAAAAUAAUACAGUCAGUCAAAUUCUAAAUUCCUUAUGUAGAACGACAUGGGAUGUUCCCAGCUCCCAAUAUACUCAAUUUCGCUUAACCAAUGACCAAAUGCUUCAUCAAAAAACUCGCCCAAAGCCUGACCCACCCGCUGGAUCUUUAAAGUAUUGGGAUUUGCGUGAAAAUCGCUUCGUAAGUAACUUCUUUUUACGUUCAGCUGUGAGUCUGCAAGCACAAUUAUCAGUUUCCUUACCACCCAACGAAUUAAUUUGUGCCCCAUGUAUGGAUGGAACUGUUCAGUUUUUCAAUGUCACCAAAAAAAAACCUAUGGCUAUCUUAGAGACCGGUAUGACAUCAUCCGUCCACGCUUUUCUCGAACAGAAAGGAAAUGUAGCAGCCGUACAAAUAUUACCUUUUACAAUUCAAUUGUUAGAUUUUCGAAAAAGUUUUGAAAAGGCUCACUAUAUGUCAAUAGAUGUUACGACGUCUCUUCAUAAAAGUUAUGACGAAAUGAAAUCUUUAUGUAUAACGAAUAUACAGUUAUCCCAAUGGCCAUGUCUCACACUACUCGUCACUUUAGUGGAUAUAAUGGGUCAGCCGACGUUACUUGAAUAUGAUGCACAAACUGGAGAAUUGUUACAUCGUUUUUACACGUCUACAUCUGUUUCGACUCAACAUUUGAUCGAGCGAUGGAAAUGUGACCCAAUCGAUCCUCUUUCUUAUGGCCGUCCUAUUCAAUUUUCCCCACAUAUAUCCCGAGAUGGUCGUUAUAUUGCUUGCGGAUGUGGUGCUCAGUCCACUCUAGCGUUCUGGUCAACAAAGAGUGAUGGGUUACCAAUCAAAACUCUUUCAACAGGCACUCGUGUUGCUCGACAAGUUCAAUGGAAUCCUACCCAAAUGCUUUUGGCCUCUGCAUAUGAUCACCUCGCUUUUUGGGGGCCUUUGGAUUCUUAUUGGGGCUACAAAAAGUCAAAGAAUUCUUUUGGUUAGAAUAUCUAUAAAUAUAGAAACCCGAUUAGCAAUAAAUUUAUUACAUUAUUUGUUUAAUGAUAAUAACAACAUUUCUUAUAAUAUAUCGUUUACAUCUUUUAUUAAGGCCGCACGUCUUAAAUAGAGAACAUCAUUUUGCUUAAACAAAACACGAACAAGCUUUAAAAAAAAAAAUGUAACAAAUUUUUUAAAAACCAGCGUUUUAGAGAUUAGAAGAUGUGGUCUUUACAUAGACUAAAUAAAUAGAAAUAUCGACGUUAAACCAUAUCAAAUUUCAUAUAAGCUAACGCGUUUUCUCCUGAUUUUUGAAAAGUACCGAAAAAAUUACUUAAAUUUAUGAAUAAAGCUCAGAGCGAUAAGGGUUAACGAUUGUUUCAUCAAAUAACAUGGUAACAUGUUUUAUGCCAAAGUUAAUCAUCAUGCUUAGAAUUUAGGUAAAUAAUAGUUUUUUUUAUGAAAUAACAGGUCGAGAGAUUAACUACAGUAAAAGUUUUACAAAGCUUCACUCGGUUUAGUAUUUCAGUACGUUUAGUCGAAUUAUUUAAUAUGUGAUAAAAAUCGCAUCCGAGCUCCGCUAGAAAAUUUCACACAAGAGUACUUUUCAUAAUUUUUCUUUGUAAUAAGGUUAAAUAAAUAAAUUAAAUAUAAAUUUAAAUAAGCCUUAUAACAAUAAAAUAAAUAACAAAGUAUUGUUGUAGAGAAAUGAACUUGCGA